AUGUCUACCUCUCCGAAAGGACUCGAAAGACAGCGCAUGGAUCUACCAAGCUUUGACGCUGAAGAACCCUGUAUUACAGAGGAACCCAAGAAUCUGACUGAAGAGCUCGUUGAUAAUUUGGGCACUGGAUUGGAACAAGUUGAAAAGCUUUUGCAAAAUUUGGAAGACAAUCCCGAUUUGUUAGGUCCCGCCAUUUUGAGAAAGUGCGAUGAAUUUGCUGAUGGAGUUGGACAGGUGGUGAAUGAAUUGGAACGUCAUACUGGUGAGCAGCGGUUGCUUCUGGCAGACGCUUGUCAACAAGAUUGUGCCGUUAUGGCGGUAUCAGAUCCCAAUACCGUUGCGAUUUCUCAAAACGACUGGGUGGAUGCCUUGAGUGGUGCCGCUAUUUUGCUUAAGGAUGUACAAUCUGCAUUUCGAGAUGUGGGCGCGGACGAUGCUGAAGAGAUUGCCGAUGUGACUCUUGUUGUGGCUCGAAUGUUCCUAAUGAGUCUUCAGUCCUUCCAUUCGUCCAUUGAUGAGCAGAUUUCAUCACAUUCUGCACGAAUUGAGGAGAUUUCGGAGAAUGAAAGAGGCGUGGGAGAGCUAUCGGCUGCUGAUAAAGACGAUGAGUUUGCACAGGAAGAAGAUUCCAGUACCAAUAGGAUAGGUAGUGAUGAAACUUCGCAACCUACUUCAGCCAAGAGUAGGGGAGCAAAAUCGAAAUCUCAGAAACGGGUACGAGUGUUAUGGCCUCCUUUAGGACCUCAUGUUGCGGGCGCGUGCAACUGGGGAAAGGAAGAAGCUACAAAGAAGCCGAUCUUGGCGGUGGCACUAGGAAUUGUGCUCUUUCCAACAGCUGUGGCAACUACAUUGGUAGGAGGAGGAAUAUUACUGGCGGACAACGCAAUCCAGGGUGCGUACAAUCAUUUUCAAGAAACUUCUGUCAUUGAGACAGUGGAAGUGGGUGCUUCACACUUGUACCAUUCGUCGCGAUUGUUGCUGGUUGCUGCCAAGUUUACCGGAAGGCAAACACUCCGCGUUGUCGGUAGACAGGUCGAUCGACAUGGAGGAGUGGGUAAAAUUGCUCAAAAUUCAGUCGGCUUUGUAGUCGACCGAGCUUUGCAUCCAAUUGAAACAGCAGGUAUGGCAUGGGAUGGUUUGACAUGGGGAUUUGGAGUAGCUUCGGAUAGUAUUCAGUUAGUAAUGGAACAAAAGCGAGAUCAACGCGUUAUGGAACAAGAAGUCCAAUAG